ACGACUAGUGAAAAACUAUCAGCCCAAGAAAAAAGAGGAGGAAGAUAAUGAAUUCUCUUCUUGGCAGGCAUUUCGAAAUGUGCUGAAAGAAAUCGGUGAUUUAGCGGGACAACGUGAAGUUGUUGCUGAAUCACUACAAUUACAAAUUAUACAAGCGGUAACGCUGCUAUCAAAAACAUUAAGAGAAGAAAGAAAAAAAUGUUUAAAUGACGGCACAACACUACAACAGAACCUUAAUUAUCAAUUAGGUGCACUAGAACGUGCAAAACGUAACUAUGAAAAAGCCUAUAGGGACUCAGAAAAGGCCAUAGAAAGUUAUAAAAAGGCUGAUAUGGAUUUUAAUUUAAGUAGAGCAGAAGUGGAACGGCACAAAAAUGUUAUGACCCAAAAAAUACAACAGUCCGAUGAUGCAAAAAAUGAAUACGCAAAUCAAUUACAAAAAACAAAUAAUUUACAACAACAACAUUAUAAUGUGAUGCUACCUGCGGUAUUUAAUCGUUUACAAGAGUUAGAUGAGAAACGGACUCGAGGUAUACGGGAGUUUAUAGUUGGUGCUGCUAAAGUUGAAUCAGAGGUAGCACCUAUAAUAGCUAUAUGUAUGCAAGGUAUUGUUAAAGCCGGCGAGUCAAUAAAUGAAAAAGAAGAUUCCUUUAAAGUCAUAGAGAGGUAUCAAUCUGGUUUUACGCCACCAAUCGAUAUACCGUUUGAGGAUUUAUCUAAACAAGAUCACGAUACAUCACAAGAUUCACACUACAGUAAUAUGCAGUCAAACCAUUUAACAAUGAAAGGCACUAUGAGUGCGAAUAAACUUAAGAAACGUGUAGGAAUAUUCAAUAUAUUUGGUAGUAAUAAGGUAAAU